AUGGUCCCUACCUUUGCAAAUCCAAUAUGGACGGAGAUGAUGGUUUUGUCAAGGCGGGCUUUCAAAAAUCAAUGGAGAACGCCGGAACUAUUCAUUACCAGGUUGGGUGCAGUUGUGGUGACUGGUUUUAUACUCGCCACCGUGUUUUGGAAGCUGGAUGAUUCUCCGAGAGGCGUUCGUGAACGACUCGGAUUCUUCGCUUUUGCCAUGUCGACAACGUUCUACACUUGUGCAGACGCAUUACCUGUUUUCCUCCAUGAACGUUUCAUUUUCAUGAGAGAAACCGCUUACAAUGCUUACAGACGUUCUUCCUACGUCCUCUCUUCUUCACUCGUAGCGAUCCCAACUCUCAUUUUCCUCUCCUUGGCAUUCGCAGUAAUCACAUUUUGGGCUGUCGGACUCGCCGGCGGAGGUAAAGGCUUCUUGUUCUACUUCGCCAUAAUCUUGGCCUCGUUUUGGGCCGGAAGCUCGUUCGUGACAUUUCUCUCCGGCGUUAUCCCACAUGUUAUGAUCGGGUACGUGAUUGUCGUCGCAAUUCUCGCUUACUACCUCCUGUUCAGUGGCUUCUUCAUCAAUCGUGAUCGAAUUCCCGAUUACUGGAUAUGGUUUCACUAUAUUUCUUUGGUCAAAUAUCCAUACGAAGCAGUUUUACACAACGAAUUCCAAGACCCAUUAAGAUGUUUCGUUCGAGGAACUCAGAUCUUCGACGGCAGCCCUCUUGGCAUAGCCGAUGAAGCCACCAAAUUGAGGCUGUUACAAAGCAUGAGCCAAACAUUAGGGGUGAACAUCACCGCCGGAUCAUGUCUGACCACCGGUUCCGACAUACUGCAGCAGCAAGGCGUCAAUGAUCUGACCAAGUGGGAGUGCCUCUGGAUCACCAUCGCAUGGGGCUUCUUCUUCCGAAUAUUGUUCUACUUCUGCUUGUUGAUCGGAAGCAAGAACAAAAGGCGGUAG